GAAAACACGGAAAUGCCUUACUCAUAAUGUAAGCGGUUAGCUUGCUAGCCACCUCAGGCUGUUUAUUACAAUAACAUGCACAGUAUUAAAUAACAUGGUGCACGUAGACGAGAGAGGAUGUGGCUGAAUAAUGGGAAACGUCUUUGGGAGAAAGAGCCGACCUUCCCGUGUAACUGAGCAAGACAAAGCCGUGUUGCAACUGAAGCAGCAGAGGGACAAGCUGAAGCAGUAUCAGAAGAGAAUCAGCCUACAACAGGAAAAAGAAAGACUUCUGGCUAAGCAGUUGUUAAAAGAUGGCAAGAAAGAGAAAGCACUUCUGCUUCUCAAGAAAAAACGCUAUCAGGAUCAGCUGCUGGACAAGACUGAGAGUCAGAUUUCAAACCUAGAGCACAUGGUUCAAGAUAUAGAGUUCAUGCAAAUCGAGAUGAAAGUCAUCGAGGGACUGAAGGUUGGCAAUGAUUGCCUGAAAAGUAUGCAUGAGAUGAUGUCAGUUGAAGAUGUGGAAAAAAUCCUGGAUGAGACCCAAGAAGCUGCUGAGUAUCAAAGGCAAAUAGAUGAGAUGCUGGCUGGAGCUCUGACUCCAGAAGACGAGGAUGCUGUUUUAGCAGAGCUGGAAGCUAUCACUCAGCGAGAAGAUUUAGCACUUCCAGAAGUCCCCACAGAGCCAAUACCAGAAGUACUAGAAUUUGCUAAAGCUGAACCAGAGAGGACAGAACCAAAGAACCAGCCAGACAGAGAGAUGCUUGCAGUCUGACAGAACCUGUGAUUUAGCUCAAGCUCACAUAUAUAAAGUUUUGCUUUUAGUUUUGGGACGUGCAUUUUCAAUAAUUAGACUGAUUCAGGAUCGUCUGGACUCUUAAUUGACCUCUCCCCCUGAAGUAACAAGAUAAAGUGAAAUGUUGUUUUGUACAAGUAGUGUUAUGUUAUUGCUGUGCU